AUGAGCAGUGUACCAGGCUCCGGUUCUGGAGCUGGUACAGGCGCUGGCACCGGAGCUGGCAGUGGCUCCGGCACUGGCCUUCCAGCUCCAGCUUCCCCUUACCCAUUACCAACCACAGCCAUCCCUACCAUCUAUCGCACGCGCAGGUCCUCCUACGCCUCCGUCCUGUCGCGCCAGCCAGGUCAAGCAGAGCACGAGCACGACGACCACUUUUCUCCGUCUGCGUUCCGCUCAAGUCUAACCGCCUCGUCUAGCACCAACAACAAUAACAGCCACAUCCAAGAUCCCUCCUCCUCGAGAUCCCGCAACCAAGAUCCUUUCUCUCCUUCCGCAAUCCCCACGGAUCCCGCAACUAUGCAGCAGCAGACCAACGGCAGCAGUGCUGGCGCAGGCACAGCCGCAAACAGCUGGCGGAGACCGAAUGUAAACCUCUCCUUCCAGCAAAGCCAGGGCAUGGGCAUGGGCAUGGGACAGCUCCCUUCGUACUCAAAGCAAUUCGAGAAACUGCUCGAGCAAACGGACCUGAACGCUCUGCCUUAUGGUCUUAACCAUUCGAUUUACCAACAAAACCCAGAAGACUCUUUCUUCACCCCUUCAUACCUCCGUUCGUCGAAAUACGUCGCGCAGCUAUACGCAGCUCAUAAGGCAAAACUCUCCUCCCAACGAGAUGCUCAACCGCAAAUCCAGCACACGCCUACCUCCGGCUCAUCUGCCCAGCACCUCUCCUCGGCCUCCGCCCUCCCUCUAUCCGCUUCCUCCAGUCAGCUUAACUUGCAUCGCAUGGCGCCCUCGCACAGAGGAAUGACAUACGAUAUCGUUGAAAGCCAUGGUCCGGGUAGCGACUCCGCUGCACCAUUGGAGGGACAGCAGCUUACGCCACUGCCUUCGCGCUGGAACGAAGGCGACAAGUACAGCGGCCUAGAUUUGUUGGGAGAAGGACUAGAAGUACGGUAUAUUGGCCAUGUGCCUAAACAGGACCAUGAUGCUGCAGCCGUGAGAGCCGAUCAGCCCAUGCCCGUCAAGUGUGGCUUAUAUUACUUUGAAGUCACUAUUCUCGCCAAACCAAAAGACGGUAUGAUUGGCGUGGGCUUCUCAAACAACAAGGCUUCCCUGGAAAGACUUCCAGGCUGGGAGCAGGAAUCAUGGGCGUACCAUGGCGAUGACGGUAAGACGUUUUUCGGUGAUAACCAGAGUCAGGGUAGGAGCUAUGGGCCUACGUUUACCGUCAAUGAUACAAUUGGAUGCGGCAUUGUGUUCUCUACAGGAAGUGCUUUUUUUACAAAGAACGGCUCAUUCCUCGGAAAUGCAUUCCGCGAUCUGAAGCCUGCAAAGUUAUAUCCAUGUGUAGGAAUGAGAAAGCAGCCUGGCGCCCAUGUCAGAGCAAACUUUGGCCAGUUCCCAUUCAUCUUCGACAUAGACAAAAUGAUGGAAGACGAAAAAUAUCAUGUCCAGCGGAGCAUCCAGAUGACAGAGUUAUCUACUUUGCAUCCUACGCUAGAUGAAUCGGAAUUCAUGCAGAAACUUAUUGCCCAGUUCCUCGCGCAUGACGGAUAUGUAGAAACCGCAAAGAUAUUUGCACAGGAAGUACAGGAUGAAAAGCGCGCUUUGCAGAGUUCUGGAGAGGUUUCUUGGAAGGGGCUCGAGGUCGAAGACGAUAUAGAUGCUAUUAACAGACAGAAAAUCCGAACUGCCAUACUAGAAGGAGACAUUGAUAGGGCUCUAAAGCUGACGAAUGUCCACUACGCGAACGUCCUCGGGAGCAACCCACACAUCCAUUUCAGAUUACGGUGCAGAAAGUUCAUUGAGAUGAUGCGCCGCUGUACCGAACCGCAGCCCGCCACGACUAGUUCAUCAAACGGCCUGUCCGACCCUGCCAAAACCACAUCAGGCGCCUUCACACUUGACAUGGAAGUUGACGACCAGAUGCCUGAUGUCGAAACCAAUGAAACAAUCACCGCUAGCGACAUGAUGGAUACCGACACCAGCAACACUAACAACAAUGCGAACAACGAAGCUAUGACUAUGAAAAAGGACCAGGAUCUUUUGCACGAAGCUAUCCUGUACGGCCAGCAGCUACAAGCCGACUACCCUGAUGACGAUAAGAAAGAGCACAAGAAGACCCUAGACGACAUCUUCUCACUAGUAGCCUACGCGGACCCCAAGACUUCUGUCCACGGCCACUUAUUGGAUCCCAGCGGUCGAGUUGCAGUAGCAGAGGAACUGAACUCUGCCAUCUUAGUAUCACUGGGGAAAUCCUCCUCCGCAACACUGGAACGGCUGUACCAGCAGACCGAGGCACUCAUAAGCGAACUCAGCGAAGACGGCGGCGCAGGGGCGUUUAUCAACGUUGUUGACGAUUACUUGAAAUAA